GUUGGGCCGGAGGGAAACAUAAAGAGGGCAGCGAGAGGAGGAGAGGGAGCAAGUGAGGCGCAGCACACAGAGAAGCUCAACUCACAUUCUGAUCAACGCUGCAAUCUGAAGCAACAGCUCAUCGCCUGCCAUGAGGAACCAUCCCUUCCCGCUCGUGAUCGUGUGCCUGUUUUCCAUCAGGGGUUUCUGUCCGCUGUCCGCUGCAGGCACAGGAGUGCCUCCCAGGGGUCCCGUCUUUCCCACAGACGACUACAGCAUAUAUGAGGAUGUAUCCACUCCUGCUAUGACUACAGAUGCUAGAACAUUCCAGUGGUGCGACUACCACGAAUGCAAUGAGAACCAGACCCCCUGUCAGGACCUCGCUGACUCUUUCGGCUGCUUGUGCCCGGGUAUCUCGUUGCCCGACCAGCAUCCAGAAAGUCCCACUCUGAGCUCAGUGUCCUGGAACGGCUCGGCAGUAGUGGUUCGCUGGUGUGCGCCACCUUCAUACGUCACAUCUUAUGUUGUGACGAUGAAAGGUAGGGAGAAGCAGAUAGUGAAGGAGGACCAAAGGAGCACAACGUUGAACCAGAUCGACCACAAAGCGGAGGUCUGUGUGGCAGCUAUAAACGACGCGGGGGAAAGCGGUUGGUCCUGUAUGGAGUACACGCCGGCUAGCAACAGCCUGCCCCUGGCAGCAGGCCUCAUCGGCGGCGCGUUGGGCCUCCUGCUGCUGAUUCUGCUGGUCGUUCUGCUGUGUAGGCGCAGGAGGCAAAAGAAGAAACGGGAGGCCGCGCAUGUAUGAGGAACUCAGCUGAGAGUCAGCAACCAGACAAACAAACAAACAAGAAACACCGAGAGACUGCAUACUCAGAGAUGAGACUCAUGAAACGCUCCGUUGUUGCUGAAGUUAAUUAACUGUGAGAACGUCUGAGUGUUUGUCUCAAGAAAGCAGGAAACAGGGUUCAUCAACUCCUUAUCAUGCCUAGCUGGUUAUACUCAUCUCCUCAUUAGUGGUGUUUUUUUUUUUUAGGAACACUAAAACACUAAAAACAGGAAGGAAAUAUUUUACUCCAGUGAUGCUGGGCCCAUCUAACCAGUAUUAUUGUCUUACAAUCUGUCAAAACAAGCCGGAAGGAUGAAUACUUGCUCAACUCAGCGAGCUACAUUUUAUAUCAAUAGUAAAAAUCAUGAGAUUUAUAUUUAUUCCUCAGGAUUGGAAAUUCACUUCAACUAAAAAUAAUUAAAAUAUCAAUGAGAACUAAGCUCUGGUAGAAUCAAGAAGAAAUAAUUAUCAAACUAAUUUAUAUUGGGUAGCGACCGAACCGAAACAACAUCCAACGAAGAUGAACGACUGAUUUAACAGCUGGUUCUCACUAGAACCCCAAAAUGGGGCUUUUACAGCCUAAUUCUCUAAAUCUGAGAGAGGAAGAACAAAAACAGAGCAGUCUUGAUUCCUCGGUUUUCAGCGUCAGAACUGAAACCAGAGCUUUGCUGAAAAGAGGCUCUUGUAGGCAAAAGGUCAAACGUGAUGUGUUUGUGUACGUACACUGCUUUACUUUAUUUAACCAGCAAUGUGCCUUUUUGCUCAAUGAGAUACAGUAUCUCUUCUAACAAACAGAUAAAUGGCAAAAAAAUAUUAGAUAUAAAAGUACUGAUAAAGCACUGAAAAAACCCCAAACAUCAAUAAAUAUAUAUAUAUAAAAAAAGAAAAAUUAAAGCAGUGAUACUGUUUUGUUCAAGCUGGGUUUUUUAAAAAUUGUUUAAAAUGUUAAGUGACGGUAAUGACUCUAAGUUGAAUUUGUUCUGGAAAGGCAGUUUGGGUUAAUUCUGUAUAACAAUGAAAAACAAUAUUUCCAAACAAUGGGAGUUAUUUACACUGGAAUUAAGUUUGAACAGAAACAUGAGUACUUCGAUAAUAAACAUUAACAUAUAUGUUACUUUUCUUCUAACUGAUAAAAAUUAGUAGAAAGAAAACAAAAAGAAAGAAUUAGAAAAAGAAAAUGCAAAAAAUGUUGAUCAACUUUUCUCUGCCAGGUUGAGUCUUUGCCUUUUCAGCUGAAAUACAGAGCAGUACUUUAUACAGAAUCCAGCAUUUUUCAACUGAAGGAAAUAAGUUACUCUGGACUAACCAUUUUGGGGGUUAAAAUAAGAUUUUUAAAAUAAAAAUAAAAAUCCAGCUUUGGUUUAGUUUUCAUAGGAUUUUCAACUUUAUUAAUGCCAAUGUGGAAUGUAUUUGUAGCCUACCAGUCUACAUAUUCACCUCUAAAAUAAUUCCGCUAGCCAAGAUCAUUAGCUUCAAAAAAGUUAUAAAUACAAAAAUCCCCUCUCCUGACUCUUCUUGCAAUCAAAUUUGUUUAUAUCAAAACAUGUGGGGAAAAAAUGGGCAUCAUAGGUGAUUAUCAAGCCAGGAAACGUAACUCUCCCCCAGUGAGACUCGCCUUAUGUAGUAACUGCUUUUGCACUUUGCAAGUGUGUGGAAAAUAUAUAUAUUUAGUCUUUUGGACUGUAAGGAUCACCUGAUUAAUUUGCUCAAAACCUUUAAAAAAAGGUUAGAUGAAUAUUAAAGAGAGUUUACCAAUUCUUUUCGAGAUUGAGUCUCAUAAAUAAAUAAUUGUAUCAUCUGCAUAGAAGUGAAUGUCCAUGUAUUCUACUUACAUUGAGCUGCUGGAGUGAACCACACUAAAAGAAGGAAACGCUCAUAGUUUGACCCUUAACGGAAUAAAACGCUCAAAUAGGC